AGUGAAACCGAAAAGAAACGAGAGUUAUUGUUCCUUAUAAUAAAACAAAUAUGGCUGCGUUCACAAAUAGUUUUAAAAGAGUUUUGAAUGUCCUUUCAAAAAAGUCGUUUACUAGUUCUAAUAUCUGCACAGCAGGACAGAAUGGAAUAAAUAGAUAUUUCUCCAGUUGUCUAUUAAAUCCAUUAGCCAUUCGAUCUCCUUUGUCACUUCUGAGCCCUGCGCAGACAUGUAUGUCACAUAAAUCAAACCACUUCCACACUACACCAUUGAAACAUGACCUGAUGGAAUUUUUUGACAGAAAAGAAGUUUGGGGUGAAAGUAGCGUAGCUUCAGGAAGACCUUACAGGCUUGAAGAACUAAGAAUCAAAAGCAAUCAGGAUCUGCACAAACUUUGGUAUGUCUUGUUAAAAGAGAGAAACAUGUUGCUGACUAUGGAGGCAGAGUACAACAGAAAUACAGAACUAUUUCCAAGUCCUGAGAGAAUUACUAAAGUGGAGGAGUCAAUGGAGAACAUUCUAGAAGUUGUCAAAGAGAGAAACAAUGCUGUUUCACUUUUAGAGACGGGCAAGCCAGCAGACCCCGGUGGCGCCUAUGUCCGAGACUUCCUGGGCAGGGUUAGGUGGCGCAAGUUCAGCGAGUACGCCGUCCCACCCUACAUGAACAAGGCACACCGGCUCCUGUUCCCACGUGGCUUUAACAAGAUUCACCUCAAGUAUCUACCCCUCUGGAGACAGAAAAUAGCGAGGUUCCGCUGGUACCACUAUCACAGGCAGGUGAAGGAGAACCAAGAGCUGGUCAAGAAAUUCCCUCACUUGGAAGGAAAACUGCAUGUACCACUUCCAGAGGAACCCCAAGUUUACUGAAGCUUUAGAAUAAAUAGGAUGUAUAAAUGUAGAAUAAA